AUGGAAAGGACAAACUCCAGGAGACGCAAAGCUGGAGUUCCCAAGAUAGACGACUCUCACAAUGCGAUUCCUUCAACACCACCUCCAUUAGCGAGGACAGCCAGGGACCAAUUUACGGCACCCAUCGAGGCGCCGUCCUGGCACUUCAAGACGGCUGGAUACUUCUCUGGCAUGUUGAUGUUUCUUCUUCUGUCGACACUGCUUCUCAGUCAAUUUGGUAGUGACUCAUCGCUGCUUCGAGCCAUCAAAAAUACACUUUGGAGAUCCGACCUACAGAAUCAAGAACAGCCCGUUGGAGACAUCGCUGUAAAGCUCCAUCCUGACGCCCAUGUCGGACGCCCGCCAACAACAUUGACCUUCAAUUGGGAAAUCACCAAGGGGUUUCGAUAUCCAGACGGCGUUCGCAAAGAGGUGUACCUCAUCAAUGGUCAAUUUCCAGGAGAGACGAUCGAAGCUCGCUCGGGCGAUCGGAUUGUUGUUAAUGUCACCAACCUUCUGAUUGGGGAGGGCCUCGCCAUACAUUGGCAUGGAUUAAGGAUGAAAGGUGCGAACGAUAUGGACGGCGCCGUCGGCUUGACCCAGGACCCGAUCCCGAGAGGUCAAAGCUACUUGUACAAUUUCACCAUUGGGCAGGAAGAAUCCGGCACGUUCUGGUAUCAUGGUCACGAAAAGACACAGCGAGAUGAUGGUCUGUAUGGCGGUCUCGUUGUCCAUCGACCGCUACAUCAGCUCAACGAGAAAGAGACAUAUCAUUAUGACGAGGAAAUUCUGCUGCUGAUAGGUGACUGGUACCAUCGGCCAAGCACUGAAGUACUCCGUUGGUACAUGAACUCUAGAUCCUUUGGGAAUGAGCCAGUACCAGACUCAUUGGUCGUCAACGGCAAGGGCGACUUUUCCUGCGAUAUGGCGGUUCCUGCAAGACCUGUCGACUGCAUCCCGUCAAAUGAAAGAACGGAUCUCCCAUUAUUACGUGUUGAAAGUGGCACGCGCUACCGUCUACGCUUGGUCAAUACAGGCUCCUUGACUGGUUUCUCAAUCAAGAUGAACAAUGGCAGCUUGUCGCCUUUCCAGGUCGACGCUGGUCAUGAAAUCACAAAGAUCGGAGCUCAAGGCGUCGGCAUUGUCUACCCUGGAGAGCGCAUGGAUGCAAUACUGCAGACCGGUGUAUCCGACACUCAAUGUCAUCUCGAAAUCGAGAUGGACGAUGAGAAUUUCAAGUACCCAAAUCCGGCCCUCAAUCCCCUACAGACCUUCCCUGUCAAAAUAGGAACAAAUUCUGCCUACGAGAGACAAGUGCGUCAACCGGAGCUUAAGUACUAUAACCUCCAAGCAGCCUUGCCAAACUCCAGCUCCCCAAUUGCAUGGUCAGAUGCGCCGUUGAAGUUUGUCCUCUAUACGACGACACUGAAGCUGGCAAGACAUCAUAAUAUCCCCAUGGGAUUCAUCAACCAUACCAGUUGGUCACCCCAGUCGCCUCCGUUGAUAUCUCUGGCUCGAGAACAGUAUGACCAGAACCAGCUUUCGCCUCACAUUCCAUUUGCCAAGGACGGCGACGCCAUUGCUGGUGAUGCCGGUGGUUGGGUUGAGGUUGUCAUUAACAAUCUUGACGAUGGCGGCCAUCCAUUCCAUCUUCACGGUCACUCAUUCUAUGUUGUGUCUGUGUUCCCACCUCCUAUCCCCUGGAGCAGUGAGAAGCCGCCGUUUACAGCAGGUGGCUCUGCCAUGUACAACUACGAUCCGUUCGCUAGUCCACCAUCAGAGUCCCCAGCAGGUCCCUACAAUUUAGUGAACCCUGUUAUGAAGGACACGGUCUUCAUUCCACAAAGAGGCUACGUUGUAAUUAGGUUCAGAGCCGAUAACAAGGGUACCUGGAUGAUGCAUUGUCACGUUGGAUGGCACUUGGGAAGUGGAAUGGCUAUGAGUUGGGAAGUUAGCUGA